AUGCUCUUCUCCAAAUUCCUCGUUGUUCUCGGUGCUACCGCCGCCAGCGCUAUCACGAUCCCAGCUGCUAUUAAGCACUCAAUGAAGACCGUCGAAAAGCGUGCAAUUGAAGAUGCUUUCAGACUCCAAGUUCAAGGUGGAACCUUAAACGGCUUGUGGCUCGUCGGAAACCCCACCAGCACUGGCGCGUUCGACGCAACAGAGACCAACGGACAUGUAUUCUCUCUCGAUAGCGGCACCCUUAAAAGUACCUCAAUCGGAGGCCUAGGUCCAACGGUCUUGGGUUAUGACACCCUCGCAUGGGCUUUCUUUGAUAAUUCCAAUAGUGCUAUCACCAGUUGCUCUAUUGCUUCUGGUACAGAUGUGCUUACUGGCUGCGUUGCUUCCUACCAAGACCCCGAAACACUUGAUACAUUCGAUUACGACAGAUUCAGUUAUGUUCAGCAGGAAGAUGAAGAGGGUAUUAAAUACGUCUGGAGUAUGGGUAACUCUGGUACAAACUGGGUUACCGAGAAUGGAAACACUAUCACGUUGAAGGCUGUGGCGGUUUAA